UUUCAUUUUGACGAUAAAAAAUUCCAAGCUAAAAAAAAACAAGAAGAUCAAAAGAUGCCUAGAAGAUAACACUUACAUCCAUUGUCACUUUCUCGUAUUAUUCUAAAGGAAUAUAAUAUGAGGGUUAUGGUUAAACUACGACCAUAUCGAUUCUCUUUUGCUUACUUACGCAAUUGCUCAACUCGCUUCUUUUUGCCUGGAAUGAUGGCUACUUGAACAAAGGGGGAUCUGGGUGGCGUUUGAGUGUGAUAUUCUGAUUCUGUAGAGGUGAGGCGGGGAAGAAGAAGAAGAACUGAAGCAAAAGGAAUCGCUUCGGAUAUUUUUAAGCAAAAAAGUGAUCUUUUUUACUUUUAUCAUAUAUUCAAGGGGAAAAACCGAUAAUUCUGACCAAAAUGAAAAACAAUGUUGUCAGAUGUCGUAAUCUCAUUCUCAUCAUUGCUAUUUUGUGCAUGUCCCCCUUCGAAUCCGUUCUCAAUUCUCUCCAUCUCACUUUGAGAAAUAUUGUUCAGUUCAAGUUCCAGCCACACGCUCAUCAUCACAAUUCACAACCCCUGAAAUGGGCAAAAACGUCGACUAUUUGAGCACUAAAAAGGAUUCGAUUUCUGUCAUCGAGAAUGGAGAUGGAGCCACUCUGUUUUUCUUCUUUUUCGCUUGGCACAACACCAUUUUACAUCACCGUCACGUUUCCAUAUUCCAAAAUGCCCAUCGCGCAAUCAUGUGUUGUGGGUUCUUGUCACUGCGAUCGACGGUUGGAAAUCCGCCAUAGCCGAUGGUGCAGAUAGCAGGAAUUAGACCAAGAAGGAGAAGGAGUCAACGAAGGAGGAGGAGAGAGGGAGCGAUGCCAGGUGGGCAGAUUCAGCGCCAGCCAUAGUUGGCAAUUGUCCAUUGAAUUUCCCCAUUUAGCGUGUAGUACUACUACUACUAAGCUAGUACCGCAUUUUUUACACUGUCCGUUGAGUUUUGGCUACUCUGUACUGCUAAACAACUUUUGCAGUACAACGUUGAUGGUCACUGAUCUGCUUUUCUGGGUUGUGGCCGCUUAAUGCUUUGCUUUGGUGGGUUGGUUGGAAAUCGACGUUUUGACAAUCUCCCCCCCCUUCUUCCCUUCCACCCUAACUUUCCUUCUUUAUGUUCUCUCUCUCUCAAGAUUCCCGUUCUCUAUAAAUUCGAGAUGUCCCUGUUCCAGUUUCGAUGCCAUCCCCACACACCCUUCUGCCUGUCGGGUAUAAAUUCCCCAUCUCCAGAUUCCUUCCCUCUUUCUGUAUUCACCGCAUUGAGUUCUCAAUUCAAUGCUAUCACUGUGAGAUUUGCCUUGAAAUGCUAAACUCGGGACACCUCCAAAAGGAACUGAAUCCGCCCAAGUAUUUGCCUUCUCAGCUGCUUUCUUCCUUGUGAUAGUUGAUUAGAUUAUUAUAUCAAGUUGGCUGUUUGCAAAGUAAGGCCAAGCAUAUAGAAGACAGAAUAGCAGCAAAGAAGAAAAAUCCAAGUGGGGAGAUAAAAGAAAGCCGAGAUUCUUGCUACGGGCAAAGAGAAGAAGACAGGGAACUAGCAGUCUUAUAAGCAAUGAGUCAACUGAGGGAUACGGGCAGUAACGGGGAGGAAAUGAAGGAGAUUCAAAGGCGGGAAACAGAUGAAGCGACUGAGAACAGUAUAGAUAGAGACAAUCAAGAUGAAGUUGCUGCCGCAGAAGCAGCUGGGGAGGAAGAAGAAGAAGUGAAGAGGAUUGUCCCAUGGACGAAACAGAUCACGAUGAGGGGGAUGGUGGCCAGCCUUGCAAUUGGGUUUAUCUACAGCGUGAUUGUGAUGAAGUUGAACCUCACAACUGGGUUAGUCCCAAACUUCAACGUCUCAGCAGCUCUGCUUGCGUUUGUGUUUGUGAAGUCGUGGACCAAGUUCCUGAAGAAAGCUGGGUUUGUCUCCAAACCCUUUACAAGACAGGAGAACACCUUGAUUCAAACGUGUGCUGUGGCUUGUUACAGCAUUUCUCUUGCAGGUGGGUUUGGAUCUUAUCUUUUGGGCUUGAACAGGAAGACCUAUGAGCAAGCUGGGGUUGACUCAGAGGGCAAUAAUCCGAGGAGUGUAAAGGAACCUGGUGUUGGCUGGAUGACUAGUUUCCUCUUUAUAAGCAGCUUUGUUGGGUUACUUGCUCUGGUUCCCCUAAGGAAGAUUAUGAUAAUUGACUACAAACUGACAUAUCCUAGUGGAACUGCUACUGCGGUUCUUAUCAAUGGAUUUCAUACUCCGAAGGGAGACAAGAUGGCCAAGAAGCAGGUUCAGGGGUUCUUGAGGUUCUUUUCUUUGAGCUUCAUUUGGGCUUUCUUUCAGUGGUUCUACACUGGUGCACCCAAAUCCGAUAUCCCAUGUGGUUUUGUUCAGUUUCCUACACUUGGAUUGGUUGCUUUUAAGAACACAUUUUACUUUGAUUUCAGCCCGACAUACGUUGGAGCAGGAAUGAUAUGCUCCCAUCUUGUUAAUUUGUCGUUGCUCUUUGGUGCCGUGCUUUCUUAUGGUGUAAUGUGGCCACUGAUCGGAGGACUCGAAGGCAAAUGGUUUCCUUCAAAUUUAUCAAAAAGCAGUAUGAAGGGUCUCAAUGGUUACAAGGUGUUCAUUUCUAUUGCUAUGAUACUGGGAGAUGGACUGUAUAAUUUCCUCAAGAUACUCUAUUUCACAGCUACCAACAUCGUUGCAAGUGCAAGAACAAGAAGAAAUGUCCGAACCCGUCCUGAAAAUCAGAAGCAACCUCCAACCGAUGAUCUCCGAAGAAAUGAAAUAUUUGUGAGGGAGACAAUCCCAAUUUGGGUAGCCUGCAUAGGCUAUCUUGCGUUUUCCAUCAUCUCCAUCAUAGUGAUCCCUCUCAUGUUCCCCGAACUCAAAUGGUACUACGUUGUGGUCGCCUACAUUCUAGCCCCCUCCCUCAGCUUCUGCAAUGCAUAUGGUGCAGGGUUAACAGACAUGAACAUGGGUUACAACUACGGCAAAGUAGCCCUCUUCAUCCUAGCAGCACUAUCAGGGAAAGAUAAUGGCGUUGUUGCAGGGCUCGUAGGGUGUGGGCUAAUCAAGUCAAUUGUCUCCAUCUCUUCCGAUUUAAUGCAUGAUUUCAAGACGGGGCAUCUCACUCUAACUUCCCCUCGCUCCAUGCUUCUUAGCCAAGCAAUUGGCACAGCCAUUGGCUGCGUCGUAGCUCCACUCACAUUCUUUCUAUUCUACAAGGCAUUCGAUGUUGGAAACCCUGAAGGCGAGUACAAGGCUCCCUAUGCUCUCAUCUACAGAAACAUGGCGAUUCUUGGAGUGGAAGGCUUCUCUGCCCUUCCCCAGCACUGCCUGCAGUUAUGUUAUGGGUUCUUCGCGUUUGCCAUUGCAGCCAACUUAUCAAGAGACUUGUUGCCGAAGAAAGUAGGGAAGUGGGUUCCAUUGCCCAUGGCAAUGGCUGUUCCUUUCCUUGUGGGGGCGUACUUUGCGAUUGAUAUGUGCGUGGGGAGCUUGGUUGUUUUCAUGUGGCACAAGUUGAGUAGCAGAAAGGCUAGGUUGAUGGUUCCAGCAGUCGCUUCUGGAUUGAUAUGUGGAGAUGGGUUGUGGAUUCUGCCUGCUUCAAUUCUUGCUUUGGCUAAGGUGACUCCUCCUAUUUGUAUGGGUUUCAUGUCUAGCAAAUAGGGUCUUCGAGAUAGAGUAAGGAUUGGAGGAAGAUGAAAGGUGGAGCCAUCAUUGUAGAGAUAAAGAUAGAUCUUUGAGCAGUUAGGGUACAUAUUAAUAAUAUGCUCGAUGUUUUCUCACCACAACUGGUGAAAAUAGUGAGUUAAUAGAAGAAGAAAAUGUAUGAAGUUUCAAAGUUGAUAUAGAGAGCUCUGUCAGGGUUCAGUUCUGGUGUCUGGAUUGUAUUCUUACGUUGAUUCUGAACUUUGAUAAUAUUGCUUGCUCUCUGUUUGUCAAGUAGCAAAUGAAAGAGGUAUAGCUCAGGAAAGACCUUCCAUCUUUUAUUUAUUCAUGACAUAUAUGAUGCCCUGGCAGGUGUAAAGAUGACUGCCAAUGAGCAACUAUUAGGGUAAUAAGCAUCAUUAAUUACAGAUUUAUAAUGAUCACUUGAAACAACAUGAUUUUGAAUAUUGAUGAUGGAUAUAUGAUCACUUGGACAUUUUGGCUGUGAGCUCUCUGGCAAACUUAGCAGCAACCAUGGCAGUCAUCCCAUCAGCAGUGUCCCUCUGGGGGUUGUACUCCACCACAUCUGCAGCCACGAUAUCGCCUUGCAGGUUGUGGAGGAUGUUCAGAACAUCCCUGAAGGACAGCCCGCCAGGCUCGAAGUGAGACACUCCAUGAGCAAACGCUGGGUCGAGGCAGUCCACAUCGAUGGAGAUGUACACACCUUUCACCCCUUCCCCUAGUUUCUGCACACCAAGCAAGCAAACAGGUCAGUCAGUUCAUCCUCCUCGUCAGUUACUUCAAUAGCAAGUAAAUGAGUUAUCAGCUAGAAAUGAGACCAGAUUCUCGAGGAAAUGCCGGUCUUUGGAGAAGGUCCGCAUCUCGUACUGUUCCACUCCAAACCUCUUCCCUUGUUCACGACCUUCUUUGUUGAUCGACCUGAUGCCCACCUGCAGAAGCCUGCGAGCGUAACCACCUUCCAUGAUCCGGGCAAAUGAAGAAGCAUGAGAGUACUUGUUGCCUUCGAAUGCAUCGUAGAUAUCCGGAUGAGCAUCGAGAUGAAGAACAUCCACCUGCCCUCCCAGCUUCUCCGACACAGCUCUCACUACCGGGUAAGAGAUCGAAUGAUCCCCACCUAGAAUCAGUGGCCGCAAUGGAGCCUCUUCCAUCACGAUUUUGACAGACUCACUGACGACCUCCAUCAAUCUAUCAUCACUCACGCCAGUGUCUCUCAUUUCUUGCACAGGAAGAUCCCCAACAUCAGCCAUAACCAGUGGAUCAUCGAUCAUUUUACCUUCUUCGGUGGUCGAGUUGGUGCUGCCACACCACAUUGCCUCCCGAAUGAGAGGAGGAGCAAAAGCUGGACCUUGCAGGAACGAGGAGUUAUGUCCCAACGGGAUUCCAAGCAACGAGCUAGUCGCCACCGCGCCUCCCAGCGCACGAACCACCGCUCCCUGCAGAAGAUGUAGUACGCGACAUUACCACGAAAUUACAGUAGAGUCAUCCAUCCACACACAGGAAGCCAGAGUAAGCAGAACACAACAAAUUAUUACCUUGAGCUUUGCUUUCUCGCGAAUGAGAGUGAGGGAAGCGUCGAUGACUCGCUCCUGACCCUGCGUGAUCACGUCUUCUGGGAUUCUGGCGGAUUUCAGUCGCUCCAAUGUGUGCAUCCCUCUUCUCCAAAUCAUCGACGACGACAUGGCUCUCUGCUCUGAAAGACUGAAACCAAAACCUAAUCUCUCUGUUUCUCUUCUUUCUCUCUUCUGUCCUUCUAACUUGGGAUGAUGGGUUUUGAGCUGCUGAAGUGAGUGGCAUUUAUAUAGACUGGAUUGAGAAUGCUUUUUUUUUUGCAUUAUUGUACUGCCAAAAAAAUAUCUUCAGCAGUUGUAUUGUACUGGUGCCAUUGACGCCCAUCGAUCACAGUCUGCUUUAAAAGGAGUUCCACGUUUUCCUCUUUGAGCAAAAGAGGGUGGUCCUCUUUUCUAUCUGAUAACCAAUAAUUCGUUGAGGACGAGGAUUACUGAAAGAAGAAGAUAAUACAGUAAGAAAGAUGGACGGACAGAGACGAAUCAGAUAUUGGGGAGCCUCAGCCUAGCUGGCUGGAUAUUGUAGAAGAUGCAUUGCAGGACCAGUGCUAUAAUAUGAACCAUUGUCCAUAUGUCUCUCAUUUCUUGCACAG